CGUCCUCCACUCUCUCUCUCUCUCUCAAGGGUUCUUCCUGUAUAGCCUGGAGACAACGGUAUAUUCCAGUUACCCACAUAUAAAUAUAUGCAUAUACGUAUACACCCAUAACCCAUUUCUCCCCUUGAAUCUUUCCUCCUCCGAAUCCCAACCAAUUUUCAAAUUCUUGUCAUCUGAUCAACACUGAUCCCCAAUCCUCCGAACUCCAAAUUUCAAGAAAACCCACAAAUACGUACCCAUACAUACAUAUAUAUGUAUAUAUAGGGCCAUAGGCUGAAACUUUUUGUAUCAGGUCUUGAAUCAGCAAAGAAAUGGUGGUGAGGAUGAUGAGGUGGCGUCCAUGGCCCCCGAUACCAUCGAAGAAAUUCCAAGCAAAACUGAUCCUUUAUCGCCUCGAAGGCCUAUGUGGAUCAUCAGAAAAGCCACUAGGAAUGGAAGUUUUUUCCCAAUUGGCAGUGGAGAUCAAGUGGAAGGGUUCAAAGGGGAAUGGUCUCAGUUAUUUGAGGCGAAGUGUGAGGAGGAAUUACACGAAACAAGAGAGUUUGAGGGAAGGUGGGGACGUGGAGUGGAACGAAGAGUUUCAGAGUGUUUGUAGCUUUUCGGGGUAUAAUAAGGAGGGCUUGUUUCGUCCUUGGGAAGUGGCCUUCACUGUCUUCAAUGGCUUGAACCACGGACCUAUUAACAAGGUACCUGCUGUUGCAACUGCAUCUUUGAACCUUGCGGAAUUUGCUUCUGUAAAUGAAGAAAAGGAGCUUGAAGUCAGAAUUCCUCUCUCCAUCCAUGGUGACAACAUCGAGUGCAGCCCCUCACUUUGUUUAUCUGUAACCAUUUUGGAAUUGAAGACAACCCAAGAACCCUCGAAGAUCGUGCAGAGAUCAAUGGCACCUCUUCCUCUCUCACCUCGUUCCACUGAUGGUUCAUUGAUGGAGAGAGAUGAGGGUUCUCCUCUAAAAGCAGGUUUAAGAAAAGUAAAAGAAUUAACUCGAAGAGUGACGAAGACACGUCGUGAAGAAGAAAGCAGUGAUGGGAGGAGUUCUGUCCGAAGUGAGGAUGCGGAGUACAAUUACCCAUUUGACACGGAAUCACUUGAUGAUAUGGGUGAAGUGGAAUCAGAGGAAGAAGUAAAGGAGGAUUCUAGGUUUUGGAAGUCGGUCAAUUACGGUUCAUUGGCCUAUGCAAAUUGUGCUGGGGCAUCAUUUUACUCGAACACAACCAAAAGCGAAGAUGAAGACUUGAUCUAUUACAGUAAUCGAAGAACAGAUGUGGGUUUGACUGCAUCUGUACUGGAUCCGUCAUUGCAGCUGAGUUCGAAACGCAGUAUCCUCCCCUGGAAAAGGAGAAAGUUGAGCUUCAAAUCUCCCAAAGCCAAGGGAGAACCUCUACUGAAGAAAGAUUGUGGAGAAGAAGGUGGAGAUGACAUUGAUUUUGAUCGCCGGCAACUUAGUUCCUCUGACGAAUCAACUUUUGGGCGGGACAAAUCAGGAGAUUCAUCUGCCAACCGAUCGUCAGUCUCUGAAUUUGGUGACGACAGUUUCACUGUCGGCAGCUGGGAGAACAAGGAAGUAAUAAGCCGCGAUGGACACAUGAAGCUCCAAACCCAAGUUUUCUUUGCAUCGAUUGAUCAGAGGAGCGAACGUGCCGCGGGCGAGAGCGCGUGUACAGCCCUGGUCGCUGUGAUAGCCGAUUGGUUCCAGUCCAACCGCGAUCAAAUGCCCCUCAAGUGCCAACUUGAUAGCCUAAUCCGAGAAGGUUCACUAGAAUGGAGAAAUCUCUGUGAAAAUGCGACGUACAGGGACAGGUUCGCUGACAAGCACUUCGACCUCGACACGGUCCUCGAGGCCAAAAUUCGUCCCCUUUGUGUAGUCCCAGAAAAUUCCUUCGUCGGAUUCUUCCAUCCAGAAGGACUGGAAGAAGAGGUGGAAGGUUUCGACUUCCUCCAUGGUGCUAUGUCCUUUGAUAGCAUUUGGGAUGAGAUAAGUCGGUUCCAAACAGAAAACCCUAGAAAUGGUGCUGACCCUGUGGUUUACAUUGUGAGCUGGAAUGACCAUUUCUUCUUAUUGAAGGUGGAACACAAUGCGUACUACAUAAUCGACACGUUGGGUGAAAGGCUUUCCGAGGGUUGCAACCAGGCAUAUGUCCUCAAAUUCGAUAAAGACACGAUAAUCCAAUCUAUUCCUCAAGAGAUGACUACUAAAUCAGCCGAUGAAAAAUCAAUGGGUGAAAAAGGGAAUAGCGAUGACACCAAGGAGGAUUCAAAUGAAGAAAAAGAGAUUGCCAUUUCAAAUGAUUUGGGUAGUAUUGAGGACAAAGAAUCGGUUGCGUGCAGAGGGAAAGACUGUUGUAAGGAGUACAUUAAGAGUUUUUUGGCGGCAAUUCCUAUCAGGGAAUUGCAGGUUGAUCUCAAGAAGGGUUUGAUGGCGUCAACACCACUUCAUCACCGGCUGCAAAUCGAAUUCCACUACACACGGUUCUUGGAGCCGGUUCUUGGAGCCUGUGGCUCAAUUUUUGUUGACAGAAGCAAAAUCUGAUGCCCGAGCUGCAUCUUGGGAGUUGUUUGAUGUGAAAGAAGAAAGUAUAUAGUCUUGUUAAUUAAUAUAUCGAGUGUUGAUAGUCUAACCUAAUGAGUCGUAAUCGAAACUCCUCUAAUUUAAUCCUUUUUUGUUUU